CGGGGCGCUAGGACGCCGACGCUCCCGCGGCCCCAGCCUGCGCGCCACCCUCCACUCCGAGCCCUGACGACGAGGGUCAGGUUGAAUUACUGGACUGGACAAUGUCACGUGUUUUGUGGACAGUAUGGGUCUUGGGGGCUGUAACCAGCCUCUCCAAGGAAGUGGCCCCUCAUCAGACUUCUCUGUCCUGUGACUCCACGGGCAUCUGCGAGGGCCACUCCAGAUCUUUAAACUCCAUCCCUUCAGGACUCACGGCGGCUGUGAGAAGCCUUGACCUCUCCAACAAUGAGAUCACCUACAUUGGCAACAGUGACCUGCAGGGCUGUGUGAACCUCAGGGCUCUGAGGCUGGAGUCUAAUGAAAUUAACACGAUAGAGGAAGAUUCUUUUUUUUCCCUGGGGAGUCUCGAACAUUUGGACUUAUCCUAUAAUCACAUAUCUAAUUUAUCAUCCUCGUGGUUCAGGCCCCUUUCUUCCUUGAAGUUCUUAAACUUGCUGGGAAAUCCUUACAAAUCACUUGGGCAAACACCUCUUUUUUCUCAGCUCACAACUUUGCAAAUUCUGAAAGUGGGAAAUAUUUACAGUUUCACUGCGAUUCAGGAAAAGGAUUUUGCUGGGCUGACUUUUCUUGAGGAACUUGAGAUUGAUGCUUCAAAUCUCCAGAAGUAUGAGCCAGAGAGUUUGAAGUCCAUUCAGAACAUCAGCCAUCUGGCCCUUCGCAUGAAACAGCCUGAUUUGCUGCUGGAGAUUUUUGUAGAUCUUUUAAGUUCUGUGGAACAUUUGGAACUGAGAGAUACUCAUUUGAACACUUUACAUUUUUCAAAAGCAUCCAUCAAUGAAACAAAUACGUCGAUUAAAAAGUGGACGUUUAGAAACGUGAAAAUCACUGAUGGAAGUUUUAGCGAACUUGUAAAACUGUUGAAUUACGUUUCUGGAGUGUUAGAAGUAGAGUUUGAGGACUGUACUCUCCAUGGGCUUGGCGACUUUGACGUAUCUGACAUGGGCAAAAUUGGAAGUGUAGGUGGGAUAGAGACAUUAACAGUACGGAGGUUGGUCAUUCCAUACUUCUACUCGUUUCGUGAUCUGAGUAGUGUGUAUUCACUUACAGAAAGAGUUAAAAGAGUCACAGUAGAAAGCAGUAAGGUGUUUCUGGUUCCUUGUUUACUUUCACGACAUUUAAAAUCAUUAGAAUAUUUGGAUCUCAGUGACAAUUUAAUGGUUGAAGAAUACUUGAGAAAUGCAGCCUGUGAGCAUGCCUGGCCCCUCCUACAAACCUUAAUUUUAAGGCAAAAUCGUUUGAAAUCAUUAGAAAAAACCGGAGAAACUUUGCUUACUCUGAAAAACUUGAUUAACCUUGAUAUUAGUAAGAACAGUUAUCUUUCUAUGCCUGAAACUUGUCAGUGGCCAGAAAAGUUGAAAUAUUUGAACUUAUCCAACACCAGAAUAUACAGCUUAACCCGAUGCAUCCCCUGGACACUGGAAAUUUUAGAUAUUAGCAAUAACAAUCUCGAUUCAUUUUCUCUGACUUUGCCACAACUCAAAGAACUUUAUAUUUCCAGAAAUAAGUUGAAGACUCUACCAGAUGCCUCCUUCUUACCCACGUUACAGGUCAUGAGAAUCAGCAGAAAUGCAAUAAACACUUUCUCUAAGGAGCAACUUGAUUCUUUUCAAAGACUGAUGACUUUGGAAGCUGGAGGCAACAAUUUCAUUUGCUCCUGUGAAUUCCUGUCUUUCACGCGGGAGCAGCAAGCACUGGCCCAGAUCCUGACCGACUGGCCAGACAAUUACCUGUGUGACUCUCCAUUCUAUGUCCACAAAACCAUCUUUGUGCUUUCUGAAAACUUUGUGAGGAGUGAGUGGUGCAAGUACGAGCUGGACUUCUCCCACUUCCGUCUGUUUGAUGAGAACAACGAUGCUGUCAUUCUCAUUCUUCUGGAGCCCAUUGAGAAAAAGGCCAUCCCCCAGCGUUUCUGUAAGCUGCGGAAGAUAAUGAACACCAAGACCUACCUGGAGUGGCCCACAGACGAAGCUCAGCAGGAAGGGUUUUGGUUAAACUUGAGAACUGCAAUAAAGUCCUAG